AUGCGCCACUGCGACGCCAGUAGCGUCUCGAGUGAUGUCUUUUGUGCCCGAAAAGAGAUACUUCCCUUCCUAGCGUUUGCCGCUCAGCUCAUGAUCUCCAACUUGGCUCGACUCGCGCUCACCGUCGUCGACAGCGCGUUCGUCGGGCACCUCGGUACCACCGAGCUCGCAGCGGCCUCCCUCGCCAGUCUCUGGACGCAAUGCGUUCUCUACACCGUCACCGCCAUGGCCUCGGCGCUUGUCGCGCUUUGUGGUCAAGCGUACGGCGCCAAGAACUACCUCCUCAUGGGCGUCUGGCUUCAAAUGGCUCUUCUUCUUAUCGCGGUGCUCAUGCCCCCCACGCUCUACUGGUACUGGUCCAUCGACGUCGUCGUGCAGCACGCAACCGACGAUGCAGCGAUUGUCGCGCUCGGCUCCCGUUUUGGACGCAUUUUAUCGGCAAGUGCCUGGCCGUUGCUGGUGUACGUCUGCCUAUGCCAGUACCUCCAAGCUCUGGGCGUUGUCACCCCCACGACCAUCAACGGCAUCGUCUGCAUCGGUAUUGAUGUCGGAGCCAACUACCUCCUCAUCUACACGGCGGGCCUUGGCUUUGAUGGGUCGCCACUGGCUACUGUCAUUGCAGCGUGGUUCCAGCCGAUCGCGCUCUUCCUCUAUGCAUUCGUCUACAAGAAGUACCAUCGCGGGGCGUGGGGCGGCUGGAAGCUCUCGGAGCUCACGUGGUCUCGCUGGAAGACGUUCUUCCGCAUGGCGCUGCCCCUCGGCCUCAACGACGGCUGCACCUUCUUGUACUUGGCCGUGCUAUCUCUUAUCGUCGCCACGCUCGGGUCGGACGCGAUCGCUGCCAACGCCAUCUUCUCCAACCUCUGGGUCCUCCUGCAAGAACUCUACUACAGCAUCGGAUGUGCGGCCGAAGUUCGCAUUGCUGCGCACUUGGGUGGACGUCGCCCGACAUCGGCCAAGGCGACUGCGUUCAUGGCUGUCAGUGUCGCAACCAGUGUCGCCGCCCUAGUCGCUAUCGGUUUCUUCGUCGGUGCUCGGGGCGUCAUCGGCAUUUUCACGAGCAAUGACGCGCUCCUUGCACUGUGCAUCGACGCGCUGCCGCUGUACAUUGGCGCGUCACUCAUGCUAGCGGUCGAGACCGUCCUUUCGUGUACUCUCGAAGGCAUGGGUCAGAUGGGCUUUGUCUCGCUCCCACUGGCCUACUACUUUGGUAUCACAAACAACCUCGGUCUCUCGGGGGUCUGGCUCGGCUGCUGCGUCGGCGGUGGCGCCAAGACGGUCGUCUUUGCCAUCAAGCUCGCCACGGUGCAGUGGUCCGACAUGGUAACGGGCGCCCUAGUCGCCAUGGAAAUCGUCGGCGGCGACGACGCAAGCGAAAGUAAGCGCUCGACACUGCCAGUCUUCCCACGAACCAUCUUGGUACUCGCAUGA